AUGCAGGAAAAAUUUAUAGUCUAUCUCUCUCAGUCUAUUCAUAUCUAUCUCAGUCUAUCUCUCUCACUUUAUUCAUAUCUCAGUCUAUCUCUCUCAGUCUAUUCAUAUCUAUCUCAGUCUAUCUCUCUCAUCUAUCUCUCUCAGUCUAUUCUUAAUCUAUCUCAGUUGAGCUCUCUCAGUCUAUUCAUAUCUAUUUCAGUCAAUCUCUCUCAAUCUAAUCAUAUCUCAAUCUACUAUCUCUCUCACUUUAUUCAUAUCUCAGUCUAUCUCUCUCAUCCUAUUCAUAUCUCUCUCAGUUUAAUCAUAUCUAUCUCAAUCUAUCUCUCUCACUCUAUUCAUAUCUCAGUCUAUCUCUCUCAGUUUAUUCUUAUUUAUCUCAGUCAAUCUCUCUCAGUCUAUUCAUAUCUACCUCAGUCAAUCUCUCUCAGUCUAAACAUAUCUAUCUCAAUCUAUCUCUCUCAUUCUAUUCACAUCUAUAUCUCUCUCUAUAUUCGUAACUAUCUCGGUCAAUCUUUCUCACUCUAUUCAUAUCUAUCUCAGUCGAACUAUUCAUAUAGUAUAUUCAUAUUUAUCUCUCUCACUCUAUUCAUAUCUAUUUCAGUCCGUCUUUCUCACUCUAUUCAUAUCUAUCUCAGUCUAUCUCUCUCAGUCUAUACAUAUCUAUCUCAGUCGAUCUCUUUGUCUAAUCAUAUCUAUUUCAGUCUAUCUCUCUCACUCUGUUCAUAUCUCAGUCUAUCACUCUCACUCUAUUUAUAUUUAUCUCUCUCAAUCUAUUCAUAUCUAUCUCUCUCACUCUAUUCAUAUCUCUUUCAGUCUAUCUCUCUCAAUCUAUUCAUAUCUAUCUCAGUCUGUCACUCUAUUCAUAUCUAUCUCAGUCUAUUUCUUUCAGUCUAUUUAUAUCUAUCUCAAUCUAUCUAUCUCACUCUAUUCAUAUCUAUCUCUCUCACUCUAUUCAUAUCCAUCUCAGUCUAUCCCUCUCAGUCUAUACAUAUCUAUCUCAUCUAUCUCUCUCACUCCAUUCAUAUCUAUCUGAAUCUAUCUCUCUCGCUCUAUUCAUAUCUCUCUCUCUCACUCUAUUCAUAG